AUGACUUCAUCUUCUGGGAACAGCUGCAGCGAUAAGUUAAACAGGAACAAAAGUCGCAUCUACUUGGAAAUGAUCAUUACAGAAGCUUUUGAAUCCGAACAAUCUGGGUUCUUCCCAAUGUUGGCGGCUGAUUUCUCCAAACUCCAUAUCAACUACGCUAUCCGUCUUGAAGGAGAAAGACUGUAUUUAUCCCAAUCUGAAAUGAUGCAUGACUGGAAGCAGUCAGACACGAAGAAGUGUACAAGUGCCAAAACCUCCAAGAUGACACUCUUGAAUGAUAAAGUUGUUUUUGUCAUCGGCGAUGAAAUCCGCGUUAAUAUUGACACUUACGAUUCCCAUGGGAACAAGAAAAAUUGCGGAGGGGAUUUCCUACGACUUUGGAUGGAGGAUAAAAGAUUGGGAGCUUCCGUUGCUGGUCACGUCAUCGACCAUAACAACGGAAGCUAUACUGGCGUGAUCAGGGCAUUGUGGGAAGGUGCAGCUUCAAUUAGGUGUUUCAUUGAAAGGAGGAAAGAAGAAAUUGCCAUGUUUUAUGACAUCUUGGAGAAGAAUCAUGCACUGUGGGUGCCAAAGAGGGAGUUUGUUUCCAAUGGUUUUGUCGAGAGUACAGAGUGUUCUAUUAAACCUGACAAUUUCCAAAGCUACUGUAAUUUUACGGAUAUGAACUAUGGGUUUCCAUGGUUCUGUGCCAGGCCGAAUAAGUUAAAGUGUGAAGAUUGGAAGAAUUCCUGGUCUGAGAACAGAGGAUACCCACCCGAUGACCCCUACCAGAGGAGCAUAUACUAUCUAUCUGUCAAGGGAAACGACGAUGAUCUGCCGACAAAGAUUCAUAUCACAGUUGUUUAUAAAAAUACAUUAAAGGACUUACAACUAUCCAGACCAACAACCCCGUGCAACAGACUUCCGCCGGAAAUGACGUGGAGGAUGGUGUCUCCAGUCGGCCUCUUUUUUGGUGGCGCCUUUCAGCCAACGUUGUGUCUGGACAAUUUGUCCUUGACUCCAAAGACAUACCGCAGGUGCUUGAAGAACAAACGUCUGUGGCUGCACGGAGACUCGACGAGUCAACAGUUCAAAAGAAGCCUCCACUACACCCUCGGUAUUCCCGACGUAAGCACUGGCCAUAACCCUCAGCUUCUCACGGACAAAGAGGAUAACUUUUCCGUGUCUUGGUAUGCACAUGAAUUCCCAUUUUUCCACGGAGCUGAACGAUUUGCGCCCACAGUAAAUAAACCCCAACAUCUUCUUCUCGACAGUCUUCCAGAUAACACGGAGGAUAUUGUCGUCCUAUACAUAUACGUCCACUUUAAUUUGGUUCAUCCUGACGUGUACCGUGAACAUAUUCGUGUGAUGGUGCGGUCAGUGGGCAAGUUGUUGUCACGUGCUCCGAAAGUGACCAUAGCUGUUCGAGGUCCACAUGCCUAUUACAGAAGUUUUGCACAGGAGCUCGUGUCUUACUGGGGAUUAAUUUAUUCAGACAUACUCAGAAAAGAGUUCGCUCCCUUUGCUGACAGAGUUGUCUACCUUGACUUUUGGGAUUUGACGGUUGCAGUUGGGCCGGAACAUGUUCACCCAGACAUGAUCAUUGUUAAAUCAAUGAUAUUUCUUGCAGACAGAUGCUGA